AUGUCUGCUGAACAGGACGUCAAGCUCCAUGACUUUGGCAACAUCUUCCGUCUCGACGGGAAGGUUGCAGUGGUCACUGGUGGUUCGCGUGGCCUCGGACUGAACGUGGCAUCUGGCUAUCUCCAAGCUGGCUGCGCCAAAGUAUACAUCACGUCUCGGAAGGCAAAGGCCUGCGAAGAAGCAGUGAAGGCCCUCAAUGCCUUGCCAAACAUAAAAGGAAAAGCAUACUCAAUCCCAGCCGAUGCUUCUAAGGUCUCAGAGAUCGAGCGGCUCGUCGCUGAAGUGCAAAAGACCACAGACCAUGUCGAUAUCCUCUUCGCAAAUGCUGGCGCAACGUGGGGUUCGUCGUUCGAGAAGACGACGGAGUCAAGUUUUGCCAAAGUCAUGGACUUGAAUGUAAAGUCGGUCUUUUACACGGCCCAGAAGUUCGCACCACUUCUGCAAAAAGUCGCAAAGUUAGGCGACCCAGCAAGAAUCAUCAUAACGGCUAGUGUAGCUGGUUUGGGUGUUGGUUCUUUGGGCGAGACAGCGACCUUUUCCUACAGCGCCAGUAAAGCCGCAGCAAUCAGCUUAGCCAAAAAUCUCGCCGUCGAUCUUGGACCAAAGGGUAUAAUUACCAACGCGAUAGCUCCCGGCUGGUAUCCGACGAAGAUGGCAAAUGGCCUUCUUGAUAUGCAAGGAGGCGUGGCAGAAGUCGCGAAGGACGUGCCCAACAGAAGACUGGGCGAGCCGGAGGAUAUCGCAGGGUUGGUGGUUUUCUUGUCAUCGAGGGCUUCAAAACAUCUGAACGGUGUUUGUAUCGCGACCGAUGGAGGUGCAAUCCUCGCAAAAGGAAAGCUAUGA